AUGCAUCUUGUCUCUUUCUUCCUCCUGGUACCCUCCAUCCCUCUCGUUUUCGCAGCUCCUGAAACCCACCUCCAAAAACGAGCUGUAACACUAACCAUCGACGUCUCCAAAACCUACCAAACAAUCGACGGUUUCGGCUUCUCCGAGGCCUUCCAACGCGCCAACCAAAUCGUCAACCUACCACUCCCCAAACAACGCCUCGUCCUCGACGUCCUCUUCAACACCACCACGGGCGCCGGCCUCUCCAUCCUACGAAAUGGUAUCGGCUCCUCCUCCGACUCCCGCUCCGAUCUCAUGAACUCCAUCCUCGUCACAAAGAUGUCCAGCCCGUCCGCAACACCAAACUACACGUGGGACGGGAAAGACUCUGGGCAGGUGUUUGUUAGCAAGGAGGCGCAGAAAUAUGGUGUGAAGACUUUCUAUGCCAAUGCGUGGAGUGCGCCGCCGUUCAUGAAGACGAAUGGGAAUGAGAAUAAUGGCGGGUAUCUGUGUGGUGUGAGUGGACAGGGGCAGGGCUGUGGGGAUUGGAGGCAGGCGUAUGCGAAUUAUUUGGUGCAGUAUGUGAGGUUUUAUGAGGGGGAGGGGGUGAAGAUUACACAUCUGGGGUUCUUGAAUGAGCCGGAUUUUACCGCAAGUUACGCAUCCAUGCUCUCAUCCGGCACUCAAGCAGCCGAUUUUAUCAAAGUUCUCUACCCAACUCUCAAAGCAGCCAAUAUGUCGCACAUCGCCAUAACAUGCUGUGAAUCCACCGGCUGGAGCGACACCAUCAACAAAGUCUCGCAACUGAAAGCGGCUGGAGUGGAGAAUCAGCUGGGUGUUAUAACUUCGCAUACUUAUACGUCUAAUUUCAAUGGGCCGUUGAAGACGGCGUUGAAGGUUUGGCAGACGGAGUACUCGGAUUUGAAUGGGCAGUGGACGAUGGCCUGGUAUCAGAACGGCGGCGCAGGUGAUGGAAUGACCUGGGCCAGCACCCUCCACAACGCCCUCGUCAACAACAACUGCUCCGGCUACCUCUACUGGGUCGGCACCCAAUGGGGCAACACCAACGAGAAGAUGAUCAAGAUAGACGACACCACAAAAGACGUACAGAUCAGCAAGCGGGUCUGGGCUUUCGCGCAGUACAGUCGGCAUAUCCGGCCCGGCGCAGUGAGAGUGUCUGCGACGGGGGCGCCGAGUGGUGUUAGUGCGAGUGCGUUUGUGAAUGAUGGUGGUAGUGGGAGUUUGGUCGUGCCGGUACUGAAUACGGGGACGGGGAGUCAGAGUGUGAGUGUUAAGGUUGGAGGGGGGUUUGUGGUGGGGGGUGUGAGUGCGUGGAUUACGGAUAAUUCGAGGGAGAUGGCGAAAACGGAUGCGGUGCUUUCGGCUGAUGGGUUGGUGACCGGCACGGUGCCUGGGAGGAGCUUUGUGACGUUUGUGCUGACGAAGUGA